CUAGCCCCGCCAUACGUGCUGCGCGAACUUCGAAUGGACGCACGGAGCUGCCGUCUCUCCGGUGACUGUGAUUGGUCAGCACCUGCUCACCUCCUUCAUCCAAACUGACACGAGUUGGAGGAAAUAUAGGCAGCAUCCAUCCCCCCGAUCCUCACUACGCGUCUGCGCUGCUCCCUCCGCCGCGUGCGCUUCAUUCUCUCACGGUAAUGCCACAGUGAUCCGACAAUACUCGCAGUUUUAGACAGCGUUAUCAUCACCGUCACGAGACAUGCGUGUGCCACUGACUAUAGGAGUGUUUAUAUUGUUUUUGGCGGUGCGGCGAACACACGCGACUGAUUCCAGCGGCGCUCAUGACACCUCGCAAGAGAAAUCACUGAACAUCCAGAAGAGAAGACUCUCUCUGCAGAACACAGCGGAGAUUCAGCAGUGUCUGGUGAAUGCAGGUGAUGUGGGCUGUGGGAUGUUUGAGUGCUUCAACAACAACUCCUGCGAAAUCCGUGGACUACACGACAUCUGCAUGACGUUCCUCCACAACGCUGGCAAAUUUGACUCCCAGGGAAAAUCGUUCAUCAAAGAUGCCCUCAAAUGCAUGGCCCAUGGACUUCGCCACAAGUUCAGCUGCGUCAGCCGCAAGUGUCUGGCCGUGAAAGAGAUGGUGUUCCAGCUGCAGCGAGAGUGCUACGUCAAACACAACCUCUGCUCUGCCGUGAGGGAGAACGUCAAUGUCAUGGUGGAGAUGAUCCACUUCAAGGACCUGUUUCCUAAAGGGCCCCACGUGGAGUUAGUGAACAUCCUGCUGGGAUGCGGCGAGGAGGUGCGCGUCGCCAUCGCCCGCCGAAUACGAACUCAGUGCGAGCAGAACUGGGGAGCUCUGUGCGGGAGUCUGAGUCUCUGUGCCCUCGGAAAAACGGAGAACCAGGCCGGUUCCACCCUCGCCCCCGUCCCAGACAUCACCACCCCACCGGGAGCCAGCGGCAACUCCCUCCCUCCCGCCAGCCCGCAUCUCCCCGAGGCCGAUGGCGAAACGGUCUGGACGCUCACAGAAGAUGAAAAUCAGUCCUCAGGUCCUCAAGACAACGCCUCCGAUACCGAAAAAGAGCUAAAGAGGUCUCUGAAUGCCACCAAGAGGAGGUGAAGGGAAGCGGGUUCUCAGUGCCUUCAGCCCACACGUCCAGAAAGGCUCAAGGACAAAUAAGCUGCGGUCUCCAGUGCUCCUGUAAGAGCACCAGCGACGACAGGGUAUUUCAAUGUGACGUUACAUUUAGAGCUCAUUGUGUUGGUUUUUGUAGGUCAUUCUGUGAGAACACGGACUGGUACGAUAUUCGAUAGGAGUCUCAACAAUUUCGCAAUGUUUCAGUGGCGUUUCACCCUUCGUAGAUGUGUUUGUAGAUUGUGGACUAAGUGCAUUCCUCAGACUGCAGACUCUCCAGAAUGCUUAAAGGGAGUCCGACAGGCUGCAAUUCUGAAUAGCAUUAUUACAAAAACCGGGCCUUGUGUUUUGUGAUGACAUCAUUCCAUCUGCUCAGUACUCGUCUGCGUUGAAGAAAGGCCGUUUGGGUGAACAUCACGGAAACAUGCCCGGGUCACAUUUCACCCCAAAAGAAAAUGUAAAAAAAAUUACACUACUGUUCCAAAGUAAGAGGUCAAUCACUUUCUUUAAGAAAUGAACACUUAUUCUGUAAGGUGCUGAUAUAGCGUUAGAAUUUAAAUUUCGAAUUACAUUUCUGAUAAAUGCUGCUCUUUUGAACUUUCCAGUCAUCGAAGAGUGCUAAAAAUGUAUCAUGGUUUCCACAAAAAUAAUAAGCACAAUAAGAAUGAACGUCGUCAUUAUUUCGUUGAAAUAGCAUUUUAAUUUUUGCAACAUUUCAAAUGUCGCCAUUGAUCUCGUUAUUGCUGAAUACAUAAUUUCUUUUUAAUUGUAAAGUUUCCAAUGGUGUCGAGCGUCACUAAGAAAUCUUCCUUGAGUAGAAAAUUAAGCAGCAUUUAUUAUAAUUUUCUUUUAAUCUUGCGACUCCGAAGACUUGAGUAAUUUGGCUUUUCCAUCACAAAAAUACAUUAUAUUCUAAAAUAUAUUAAUAAUAAUAAUUUUUAAAUAUUUUACAUUAUUAUUUUUUUACUCUAGUUUUGAAUAUUCAGGACCAUUAAAUGUUUUGAACUGUGGCAUUAUUAUUAUCAUGGCAUUAAAACACGCUGUAAAUCUCUAACAUUAAGUCAGUACAAAAAAAUCCAGUGAUUUAAAUCUACUCUCCUUUAAUCGGUUUCGUUUGAUUUGGGGUGAAAUACGGACCUGGACGUGUUACUGACGGGUUUGGUGACUGUUUUUGAACACAGGUAAAGCCUCAGCAGCAGAUAUAAGCUCUUAUAUGCCACGUGCUUCAUGCAGUACACUCAGGUGUGUUCACUGCAGCGUUGCAACGCGACAUAUCUAAUAUGUAAUAUCAGAUUUCAUAUUUUUCUUGCUUCGAAUUUAGAAUAGACAUUUUUCAUACACAACAAAAACCUAUGCCUUUCUUGAUAGAUCGCAGUUACAUACACAAACAUUUUAAAAUAUGACACAAUAUGCAGAUCUUUGAUUUUGGACCUACCUCAUCUCUGUAACAUGCACCUGUACUGAAAUACUGUAUAAUAUAUUUCAUAAAACAUGUUAGAAUGUGUCCCAUAUUUUCACAAGACAAUGCCUAGACUCACUCCCCUCUGUUUUAGCGCGUUUCUUGUAGAUAUUUUACGUUAUUAUUUUUUUUAUUUAAACUAAUUUCUUCAAAUGUAUGCAUGAAGCGUAUCUUGCGGAUUUUCAGGACAGGUUCAUUUCAGCCACUAUAGAGUGCUGGUUAGUCAUUUUAUAUACAUGCUUGUACUAUUUAUUUUUUAUUUUAUUUUUGUUUUUGUUAACUAUUUACUUUUUUUAUUAUUUCAAAGUAAUCAGAUGUAUUCAUUGGAGGAAAAAAAGUUUUUUCCACAAUAAAUUAACCUUGUAUCCAAUUUUUGGCCCCGUGGAUUCAAAACAUACACAAAUCGAACAGCUUCUGAAAAGGUCAUAAAGAAAAUAUACUGCCAUGAAACCAAGUGCGGCAUGACCACGUUGUUUGUUUUGUGCAACACACACACACACACACAGGAUCAUUUCAACAUACUGCUGUAUCACAGCAAAACGUAAGAGCAAAGACUUCUACUGCAACAGAAGAAAAGCUUGGUGUAAUUAAUAUAAGAUACAUUUUAGGCCUGCAUUGUUGGAAUAAAAUCUGCAUAAUUAAAAUGUUGUUUCUGAAAGAAGUCUUAUUAAUCUGAAAUAUUAUUGCAAUUUAAAAUGAAUGUGUUUUGUUUUAAUGUCAUUUAUCCCUGUGAUGCAAAGCUGAAUCUCCAGUGUCACAUGAUCCUCGAGAAAUCGUUGCAAUAUGUCGACUGUUAUUUUCGGGACUUCUUUCAAAAACAUUCAAAAUCAUUCCAAACUUUCGAGCGGUUUUAUAAAUGAAUAAGGGACAAAACUGAUAAAGUUCUUCAUGAAGUCACACACUUUUUCGACUAAGGGUGAAACAGAGAUGCUGCACCCCCUAGUGGCUGAUUCCACUGAAGAACAUGAGACUGCUCCAGACUAAAUCACGCUUUGAGAUUUUUAAUAUAGAAAAACAAUUCAUGUUGUAGAGCUUCCGCAAUCCGCAGAGUCAGAAGUGUAAAGGAACAUUAUGUUUUUAAUCUCAUAUAUUCUCAUCAAUUAAGGCUGAACUGUUGCUCAGCUGUUUUUUUGCUGCUUAAUAUUUAACCAUGAUACACUACCAUUAUUAUUAUUUAUUUUUUAUUAAUUUACAAAUGAUGUAUAUACUGUCAGUUUUCAUUGAAAGAAAAAAUGUGUGUGUGUGUAUAUAUAUAUAUAUAUAUAUAUAUAU